AUGUCUACUGGAAUCACUCACUACAGCCUCCGCAGCAUCAUCGUUUCGGCGGCGAUUCAGAAGCUCGAGGCCGUCGUUACCAGCAACCUGAGUGCACCUGCCGGCACCGUUGAGUUUUGGCUCGACAAUGGUGCCACUGCUGAGCAAGCUGCCGAUUGGGGUGACCUGAUUUGGCAAAACACGCCUUCCUAUGUCGCAGACCUGAUCAAUCACUAUGCGACCGAAUGGAAGAACAGCAAGGCAGACCUCGACUCCGUCAAGAAUCUCUGUCAUACGCACGACCAAUGUGCAUACCUCGAUGUCCUGCUUGAGAUAGUCAAUGGCGUGGUAGUCGCCUCCAAGAGUUACGCUGGGUCUACUUAUGGACAAGGCGGGUGUGAGAAGCGAGUUUACCGCGAGCAUCUCAACCCUGACUACCGCGCCACGCGACCGUCUCAGCAUUACUUCUACAUGGAACAGGAAGGGGUUGUGCCACACCUAGUCCCUGUGACGCGUUUCAAGGACCGUCAACCAAAAGAGGUCGUCAUUCUGGCCGAAACCAUCAUGGCAGACAUAUUCGGUUCCCAUAUCUCGCGGUUCAACCAAGAGCACCGUCACCCGCUGUUGCCGGAAGCUCGUUUCGGUGAGGGUCUGAAUGUGAUUGAGCCAUUGAUGACGGAAGGCCACUAUGACUGGAUGGCAGCAAGAGUCGAGGCAAGUCGGUACACAUUGUUCCGCAAAGUUCUGGAAGGUGGGUACUUCCCCAUCUGGAGACAUAUCAAUCAUCCGCACAGAGUCCGCCCAUGGAUUCAGUAUGGCUUCAGAGUUUCCCAGCUCAAAGUCCUGAUUGACGCUAAGGCUGUUCACGCUCUUAUGCUGGACGCCGAAAGCUCCGAGGUAUUCGUGUCCUUCGAGGUGGCACAUGAAGGCUCGACGCAUCCUUGUCAAUGGGCGGAAAAGGCUAUCGAUACCGACGACGGCUCAAAGAUUGGUAUCAAACUAACGGUUGGUGCUCUCUCAUCUUAUAUCCACUCUCGGGGCACGACAGCAGUUGCAACUGCCAACGCCUUCCAUGAUUGGCUUCUUGGAAAGCUAGUCGACGUCUCUAAGAUGGAUGAGAGGCACUGGGGCUCGGAUCGGAACCCAUUCAUGGGCCCGUAUGCAGAGACAGUUUUGGCCGCGACUUGGGAAGAUUACUUUGCCGACCCUCAGGGAAGGAUUGUACUCCGAGACCAAGACCAUCAGCCGGUCGCCGUCACAUGGGCGACAUCCUGA